AUGGCGAAAUUGGAAGAAUUAACUGUGGUUCAACUAAAAAAACAGUUGGAGAAAUUGGGACUUGGCACAGGUGGUACGAAAACAGAAUUACAAUUGAGACUUCGUGAGGCGUUGGAGGCUAAUAGCAUAAAUGUAGAAGAACACGAAUUCUUCGAUGAAAAACCUGAUAAGAAUAGUGAAAUUGUGGCAAUCAUGAACUUAAUGAUGCAGAAGCUGGAGAAAAAUUCAGAAGAACAGGCGCACAGUUCACGUAAGUUGGAAGAAAAGCUGGAACAAAAGUCUAAUGAAAUCACGCAGAAAUUAGAACAAAAUUCUGAAGAAUUAUUAGGAUUGAAGAAACUUACUUAUAUAUUUUGUGUAAUACAAAGAACUAGUAUUUAUUAG